AUGAAGUACUCUAUCGUUUUCUCUGCCGUGCUUGCUGGCCUUGCCAUGGCCUCUCCUACCAAGCCCUCUGACUGCAAGCCCAACGAGCACCGCGACAACCACGGCAACUGCGCUGCCAACAUGGUCACCCGCGAUGUCCACCUCGCUGAGCUUGGCCAGGCUUGCCACAUCAACUCAGACUGCACUGCUGGCCUUGAGUGUAUUAAGGACAUCUGUGCCAAGGUCAACAUCAAGCGCGAUGGUCCCCUUGGUCAGCAGUGCCAUACCGACAACGAGUGUGCCAAGGGCCUCGUUUGCGAGAAGGACGUCUGCCUUAGCCCGAAGAGCAAGCGUGAGAACGCUGCUCCCCAGGGCCAGAACUGCCACGCCACCUUCGACUGCCGGGAGGGUCUUGUCUGUGAGAAGGACACGCAUUGCCCUCAGAGACAAGCGCGACCUUGCAAGUUGAACGGAGACUGCGUCAAGUGCCUUGUCUGCAACUACGACAACACCUGCGUUGCCCCCAAAGACAAGCGUGCUGUCAUCGGCGACGAGUGCGAGACCGAAGCUGACUGCCAGAGUCCUAACAAGCUGAUUUGCCAAGUUGUUAAGGGCAACAAGGUCUGCGCCGCCCCCCAGAAAUAA